AUGCUUGAAAAAGUUACUUUGUGUUUCAUUGGACAACUACUUUUGACUGAUACAUCUCUUGUUUGCUCUAAUCUGACAAGGUUCUUUCAUUACAUGCCUUUGCUUCUGGAAUCAUUUCUAUGCAGUUCAACACUAGAGACUUCCCCGACCCCUCCAUCGCCAGAAGAACUAAGGAGGGAAGCUGCACCUCAAGAACCCCCUAUUAAUGCUACCGAGCAAGAUUUGAGAAAUGCAAUCCAAUUGUUGACUCGUAUAACUGCUGGCCACGGCCAAAGGCAAGAAGGUCCAAUUGCGGGUAUUAGUAGUGUAGAUAGAGCGGCUGGCAAGCGCAUACGUGAUUUCCUUAAUUUGGGCCCUCCAUCAUUCACCGGGACAGAUCCUAAUGAAGAUCCACAAGACUUUAUAGAUCAGAUCCAACACACUUUCGAUGUUAUGCAUGUAAGUGGUAAAGAAGCGCUCGAGCUAGCAGCAUAUAGAUUAAAAGGUGUGGCAAUAUUGUGGUAUGAAGCUUGGAAGCAAUCCAGGGGAACAGAUGCACCUUCAGCUAUAUGGAAAGAGUUCAAAAAGGCAUUCCUUGACCAUUACCUGCCAUUGGAGAUCCGAGAGGCCCGUGCGGAUCAGUUCUUAAAUCUCCACCAAGGAAGUAUGAGCGUGAGAGAGUACAGUCUCAAAUUUAAUUCCUUGGCCAGGUAUGCUCCUAAUGUAGUUGCUACUAUGGGGGAUAAAGUUCAUCGAUAUGUGGAUAGAUUAGAUUCAUAUCUGGUUAGAGACUGUACCAUUGCUUCAUUGAAUAAAUAUAUGGAUAUAGCAAGGAUGCAAGCUUUUGCACAAAAGUUAGAGGAUCAAAGGCAAAGAAGAAGGACACAAGAGUCAGAAAUAGGGCAUUCUAAGAGGGCCAGAUCUAUGGGGCAGUUUACACCAUCCCAAGGUGAGUUUAGGCCUAGGUUCUUUAACAGACCGCCUAGGCCAUCAUCUUCCUACCCUACAGCUAGUACCCCACCUCAAUUUCAAGGGUCUAGGGGCAAUCAAUUUGGGCAAAGAGGUGAAAGUCAAGGUUCACGAACAGCGGGAUACCAAGACCAGGGAAGUAUGAGCCAAUCAAGACCUCCUCGAGAGUUUUGUAAACAAUGUGGAAGGAAUCAUUUAGGUGCAUGUCGGUUUGGGACAAAUGCUUGUUUUUGGUGUGGUACACCAGGUUAUAUGAUGAGAAAUUGCCCUCAUAGAGGUGUGGGUGGUGUGGCACAACCUAGUAGGUCAGUUGUUGCAUCCUCGUCAUCAGCACCUUCUUUAGGUAGAGGACAGAUGCCUACUGGUCGUGGUAGAGGAGCUAGGGGAGCAGCUAGUUCUAGUGGAGUUCAGAAUCGCACAUAUGUUCUCGGGGAUCGACAAAAUUUGGAAGCCUCGCCGGAUGUGGUUACAGGUACAUUGUCCAUCUUUUCACAUAUUGUAUAUGUAUUAAUUGAUCCGGGGUCUGCACUAUCAUAUGUUACUCCAUUGAUUGCUGAAAAGUUCAAAAGAACACCAGAAUUAUUAGUGAAGCCAUUUGAGGUGUCUACACCGAUUGGUGACUCUAUUAUAGCUAGAAGGGUUUAUCGUAAUUGCAUUGUAAUUGUUUGUGAUCGUGAUACGUUGGCUGACCUUGUUGAGCUAGAAAUGGUGGAUUUUGAUGUUAUAAUGGGUAUGGAUUGGUUAGCUUCUUGUUAUGCCACGGUAGAUUGCCGAACGAAGACGCUGUAUUUCCAUUUUCCAAAAGAGGCCGUUCUUGAAUGGAAAGGUAAUAUUGGGACAUCAAGAGGUAUAUUUAUUUCCUAUUUUAAGGCAAACAAGAUGAUGUCCAAAGGAUACAUAUGUCAUCUAGUGAGAGUGAGAAAUAUAGAUGCGGAACCACCAACUCUUCAAUCCAUUCCAGUGGUAAAUGAAUUUCCCAAUGUAUUUCCUGAAGAUCUUCCGGGUUUGCCUCCAGAACGAGAAAUAGAGUUUGGUAUUGAUGUGAUUCCAGAUACUCAACCUAUAUCCAUCCCUCCAUAUAGAAUGGCCCCGGCAGAAUUACGGGAGUUGAAGGAGCAAUUAAAAGACUUAUUAAAAAAAGGAUUCAUAAGGCCUAGUAUGUCCCCAUGGGGAGCACCAGUUUUAUUUGUACGCAAGAAAAAUGGCUCAUUAAGAAUGUGUAUCGAUUACCGGUCGGGUUAUCACCAAGUGAGGGUCAAAGACGAAGAUAUACCCAAGACAGCUUUCCGAACACGAUAUGGUCAUUUUGAGUUUGUAGUCAUGUCAUUCGGACUAACGAAUGCACCUGCAGUUUUUAUGGAUUUGAUGAAUAGGGUGUUCAAGCCAUUUUUAGAUGUGUUCGUGAUAGUAUUCAUAGAUGACAUUUUGGUGCAUUCAAGAUCGGAAGAGGACCAUGCUAAUCACCUGCGACAGGUGUUACAAAUUCUUCGUGAGCGUAAGUUGUAUGCAAAGUUCUCUAAAUGUGAGUUCUGGUUAAAAUCAGUGGCAUUCCUAGGUCAUGUUGUAUCCGAUGAAGGAAUAAGGGUUGAUAAUCAGAAGAUAGAAGCGGUGAAAAACUGGCCAAGACCUACAACGCCUACGGAGAUCCGUAGUUUCCUUGGAUUGGCAGGUUAUUACAAAACGUUCGUUGAAGGAUUCUCUUCCAUUGAUGCACCCUUAACAAAGCUAACACACAAAGAAACCAAGUUUCAGUGGAGUGAUGAAUGUGAAAGAAGGUUCCAAGAGCUGAGGAAUAAAUUAACUUCAACACCGGUAUUGGUACUUCCAGAAGGAACAGAAGGGUAUGCAGUCUAUUGUGAUGCUUCGGGGGUGGGCCUAGGAUGUGUUUUAAUGCAGCAUGGUAAGGUAAUAGCUUACGGCUCAAGGCAGCUGCGGCCACAUGAGAAAAAUUAUCCAACACAUGAUCUAGAACUAGCCGCAGUUCAAAAGGACCUAAAUCUGAGGCAGCGAAGAUGGCUAGAGCUAUUAAAAGAUUAUGACAUUGAUAUCUUGUAUCAUCCCGGGAAAGCAAAUAUAGUAGCUGAUGCCUUAAGUCGUAAAAUAAUGACAAGCAUCUAUGGGCGGUCUUUGGAAAGACAAGGAAUAACUAAGGAUCUAUGUCAACUAGCUAGCUUGGGGGUUCGGCUUCUUGAAUCUCCUGACAAAGGGGUUAUUGUGCAAAAUGCGGCAGAAUCCUCAUUAGUAGUAGAAGUGAAAGAGAAGCAGUACACGGAUCCUAUUCUAUUAAAGCUUAAGGAGAAUGUACAACAGGGUAUGACAAAGGCAUUUGAGCUUACGCAAGAGGGAGUACUUCGAUGUCAAAACAGAUUGUGUGUACCUAAUGUAGAUGAAUUAAGAAAGAGGAUUAUGAUGGAAGCGCAUCAUUCGAGAUAUUCUGUCCAUCCGGGGUCAACUAAAAUGUAUCAUGACUUAAAAGAAAUGUAUUGGUGGGGGGACAUGAAGAAGAACAUUGCGGAAUUCGUGGCUCAAUGUCCAAAUUGUCAACAAGUGAAAGUAGAGCACCAAAAGCCCGGAGGUUAUAUGCAGUGUAUAGAACUUCCAAUUUGGAAGUGGGAUAUGAUCAAUAUGGAUUUUGUCACUGGUUUGCCUCGUUCAUUUCGGAAGUUUGAUUCUAUAUGGGGGAGCUCAAUUCACUGCAAAUUUUUGGAAGUCAUUUCAGAAGUGUUUAGGAACACAAGUGAAUUUAAGUACAGCCUUUCACCCUCAAACAGAUGGUCAGGCAGAGCGUACAAUUCAAACACUCGAGGAUAUGCUGCGAGCUUGUAUAUUGGACUUCAAAGAUCCCCAAUUGGCUGGUUCGAAAAAGGUGAAACCACCUUAUUUGGGCCAGAUCUUGUUCAUCAAGCUAUGGAAAAAGUCAAAGUGAUACGGCAGCGGCUAGAAACAGCUCAAAGUCGACAUAAAUCAUAUGCGGAUGUUAGAAGGAGAGGACUAGAAUUUUCUAUGAGGGAUUGGGUGUUCUUGAAGGUGUCACCAAUGAAAGGGGUAAUGAGGUUUGGUAAAAAAGGAAAAUUGAGUCCACGCUAUAUAGGGCCAUAUAAGAUUAUUCGAAGAGUUGGCCAAGUAGCCUACGAGUUAGAGCUACCACAAGAGCUUUCAUCAGUUCAUCCGGUGUUUCAUGUCUCGAUGCUACGAAAAUGCAUAGGUGACCCAUCUCAUAUUACUCCUACUGAAGAUGUACAGGUUACGGGAGAUCUCACUUAUGAAGAAGUUCCCAUUGCUAUUCUGGAUCGACAAGUUAGGAAGUUAAGAAAUAAAGAAGUAGCUUCUGUAAAAGUAUUAUGGAGGAACCAACAAGUAGAAGAAGUUACAUGGGAAGCGGAAGAAGCAAUGAAAUUGAAGUAUCCUCAUCUCUUUGAGAUCCAUGAGAAGGAUGAAAAUGCUUAG